AUGACACAACAAGACGAAAAUUUCACGUCUCUCUCAAAACUUUAUAACCAUGUUUCUUCUUUCACGGCAAGCCUCGAGGAUGGUGUUCUUAUAGAUGCCACUCAAAACGUAACACAGUCUCAAGCAACUACCGUUCAUAAAUUAUUACAAAAUGUAAAUCUGUUAUUAGCAAAGCAGCAGGAAAACAUAAAUUCUAAGAAUGUGGUUGGUACUGAAGCCGAAGAGAAAAACAAUACAACGGCUGCUGUAGCAAAUAGAGUAACAG